CGGGAGCGGGGCCCGGGGCGGCCGGGAAGAGGAAGCAGAGCGCGCUCCAGCUGUGAGGGGAGGGCACGGAACAGCUGGGCCGUGGGUCCGCGCUGUCCUCCCCAGCUCCGGGGCCAGGGAGCCUCGGGAGACCUUUCACAGCGGCGGCACCGGAUCCCCAGGCACGACUAGCAGGCCUAUUGAAUGCCACGAGGAAACCAGUAGGAGCCAAGGACUUGAAAACAAUGCUGAAGGGGAGUCUGUCCAGUCAUUGCUUUUGGAAUGGGAUAAUCCUGUUUUUGUUCCCUGCCCAGAGAUUGCAGUUGAUGUGACCAGUGGUCAGGCCGACAGUCUGGCUGUGAAAAUUCACAAUAUCUUGUAUCCUUACCGUUUCACCAAAGACAUGGUUCAUUCAAUGCAGGUUCUUCAGCAAGUGGACAAUAAAUUUAUCGCUUGUUUAAUUAACACUAGGAAUGGAAUGGAAAAAAAGGCAGAUGGAAACCUCUUGAUUUUGGUGGACCAACAUGCAGCUCAUGAACGGAUCCGCUUGGAGCAGCUGAUUGCAGAUUCCUAUGAGAAGGAAGCUGCAGCAUGUGGCAAGAAGAAAAUACUGUCGUCCUCCAUCUCUCCCCCUUUAGAGAUUGAAGUUACAGAAGAGCAAAGAAGAUUUCUACGAUGCUGCUACAAAAAUUUGCAGGACUUGGGUCUUGAAUUAUCAUUUCCUGAGACAAACAGCUCCUUGAUUCUUGUGAGGAAAGUGCCAAUGUGCUUUAUAGAAAGAGAAGCCAAUGAAUUACGACGCAAAAGACAGCCUAUCACUAAAAGUAUUGUGGAGGAGCUUAUUCAAGAACAAGUUGAGCUAGUGCAGACCACAAGAGGAGGAGCAAGAGGGACACUGCCUCUGACGUUUCUGAAAGUGUUGGCUUCACAGGCCUGUCAUGGAGCUAUUAAGUUUAAUGAGCAUUUGACUUUGGAGGAGAGCUGCAGGCUUAUUGAAGCUUUGUCAUCUUGUAAGCUACCCUUCCAGUGUGCUCAUGGAAGGCCUUCAAUGCUGCCUCUUGCAGACAUAGACCAUCUACAGCAGGAAAAACAGCCUAAACCUAAUUUGACUAGACUGAGGAAGAUGGCACGAGCAUGGCAGCUAUUUGGAAAAAAAAAAGAACCUAUUUAAAAAAAGUUAAGAAUGUGAACUGCAACCACUAGAAGCACUGGUAUGAUCCAUGAGUCCUGUUGUUAGACUACAAUAUCCUGUAUGGAGCCAAGUUCUAAGCCAGUGCAGUCACCAAAGCUCUCCUCCAACUACUGACCAAAGUGACCAGCCAGGAGAACAUGGCAGGAGGAGCCCGCCCUUGGAGCCUGGAGAAGCAUCUUCAACAUAAUGGAAUAGUGCUGUAAGUCUGGGCCCUAUGUCAGUGCUGGACUGUUUGGUACAAGGAGUUGCAGCCACUUGCAGUUACUAAGGCAAAGCACUUCUUUUCUGCAAGCACAGCAUAAUUCUGCAUAAUAGAGAGGGGAAUUUUAAUUAGUGUAUUUUACCAUACUUUGAAAAUUGGAAGGUAUUUCUUAAUAAAGUUCACACUAAACUCA